CCUCGCCUGCUCGUCUCUUCUCCGCCCAGGAUUUAUUGUCUGUGGAGCCUUCUGGGGGUGGGGAAGGAGCUGCGCCUCCGCCACCGCCACCGCCGCCGCCGCCGCCGCUGCUGCUGCGGUCGCUAGCGCGGCGCGCAGGGCAGGCGGAGGCUGGGGAGUGGACGCGCUCCUGCCUCCCCCGCCGGCGCUUCGGGCUUCCCCUCGGCGCUUCCCGCGGGAACCUCUCCAGCCGUCCACCUGAAGGGCACCGGCACCAUGGUCUAACGUGGCACCUGCCUGGAAUCCCCUCUUUCUCCUCCUCGUCCUCCUCCUCCCCUCUCCUCCUCCUCCUGCGAGGACCCUCGCGCCCACUCCACUGCGGACCACCGAGCACUUUAAGGAAUAAUCCUUGGCAGCUGCGCCUCUCUCGCUCUCCGGAACCUCAUGGGCAGUUUCUCCCACCGGCCAUGAUGGAGAACCUAAUAAGGGGAAGAAAUCCCCCCCAAUAUCAGAGAAGUCCCUGUAAGGAGGUUCGUGCAGCACUUCGGAAGAGGCCUGAGGAGGAGUGAGCCCGCUACAUGAAAAAAAUGCAAGUCAAAGUGGUCACAACCUAGAAGUCUGCAGAGACAGGAUAACUAGCAAUGCAGUGCCUGGAGAUGACCACCAAACGGAAAAUCAUCGGCCGUCUGGUGCCGUGCCGAUGUUUCCGAGGUGAAGAAGAAAUCAUCUCUGUUUUAGAUUACUCCCACUGCAGCCUGCAGCAGGUGCCAAAGGAGGUCUUUAACUUCGAACGGACAUUAGAAGAGCUUUAUCUAGAUGCCAAUCAAAUUGAAGAACUACCCAAGCAAUUGUUUAACUGUCAAGCUCUACGAAAACUAAGUAUUCCUGAUAACGACCUUUCAAAUCUACCAACCACUAUUGCUAGCUUAGUUAAUCUUAAAGAACUCGACAUCAGUAAAAAUGGUGUACAAGAAUUUCCAGAAAAUAUAAAGUGCUGUAAGUGUUUAACAAUUAUUGAAGCCAGUGUCAAUCCUAUAUCUAAACUCCCCGAUGGCUUCACACAGCUUCUAAAUCUGACCCAACUUUACCUGAAUGACGCCUUCCUUGAAUUUCUUCCUGCCAAUUUUGGAAGACUUGCCAAAUUACGGAUCUUGGAGUUAAGAGAAAAUCACUUGAAAACUCUGCCAAAGUCAAUGCACAAACUGGCCCAGUUGGAAAGACUUGACCUAGGCAAUAAUGAAUUCAGUGAGCUGCCUGAAGUUCUGGAUCAAAUACAAAAUUUAAGAGAGUUGUGGAUGGAUAAUAAUGCAUUGCAAGUGCUACCUGGGUCUAUAGGGAAGUUAAAGAUGUUGGUAUACCUGGAUAUGUCAAAAAACAGAAUAGAAACAGUUGACAUGGAUAUUUCUGGAUGUGAAGCCCUUGAGGACCUCCUACUAUCAUCUAAUAUGUUGCAACAGUUGCCUGACUCUAUAGGACUGUUGAAAAAACUAACUACUCUAAAAGUAGAUGACAAUCAACUUACAAUGCUGCCCAAUACAAUCGGAAAUUUAUCUUUAUUAGAAGAAUUUGAUUGUAGCUGUAAUGAACUGGAGUCACUACCUUCUACUAUUGGUUACCUUCAUAGUCUUCGAACAUUAGCAGUCGAUGAAAAUUUCCUUCCAGAAUUACCCAGAGAAAUUGGAAGCUGUAAAAAUGUAACAGUUAUGUCUCUACGCUCCAAUAAGCUAGAAUUUCUUCCUGAAGAAAUUGGACAGAUGCAGAAACUAAGAGUUUUAAAUUUGAGUGACAACAGAUUGAAGAAUUUGCCAUUCUCAUUUACCAAACUUAAAGAGCUUGCUGCAUUGUGGCUUUCUGACAAUCAGUCCAAAGCACUUAUCCCUUUACAAACUGAAGCCCAUCCAGAAACAAAGCAAAGGGUUUUAACUAACUACAUGUUUCCCCAGCAGCCCCGUGGUGAUGAAGAUUUCCAGUCAGACAGUGACAGCUUUAACCCUACACUAUGGGAAGAGCAGAGACAACAACGUAUGACGGUUGCCUUUGAAUUCGAAGAAAAAAAAGAAGACGAUGAAAAUGCUGGAAAAGUUAAGGAUCUCUCCUGCCAAGCCCCAUGGGAAAGGGGCCAGCGUGGGAUUACUCUCCAACCUGCCAGACUGUCUGGCGAUUGCUGCACACCAUGGGCCAGGUGUGAUCAGCAGAUCCAAGAUAUGCCCGUCCCCCAGAAUGACCCACAGCUGGCAUGGGGUUGUAUAAGUGGCCUCCAGCAGGAAAGGAGCAUGUGUACUCAAUUGCCAGUUGCAGCACAGUCCACCACUCUUCCCUCUCUAAGUGGCAGACAGGUUGAAAUAAACCUAAAACGAUACCCAACUCCUUACCCAGAGGAUUUAAAGAAUAUGGUAAAAUCUGUUCAAAAUCUGGUGGGUAAGCCAAGCCAUGGAGUGCGUGUUGAGAAUUCAAAUCCAACUGCUAACACGGAGCAAACUGUGAAAGAAAAAUAUGAACACAAGUGGCCGGUAGCCCCAAAGGAAAUUACAGUGGAGGAUUCUUUUGUUCAUCCAGCUAAUGAAAUGAGGAUUGGGGAACUUCACCCUUCAUUAGCUGAGACCCCUCUGUACCCACCCAAACUUGUUCUGCUAGGGAAGGACAAAAAAGAAUCAACUGAUGAGUCUGAAGUUGACAAAACUCACUGUCUGAAUAACAGUGUUUCCUCAGGCACUUACUCAGACUACUCGCCGUCCCAGGCUUCCUCAGCAUCCUCUAACACCCGGGUUAAAGUGGGGUCCUUGCAGACAACAGCUAAAGAUGCAGUACAUAAUUCUUUGUGGGGUAACAGGAUUGCACAAUCUUUCCCACAGCCUCUUGAUUCAAAGCCAUUGCUCAGCCAGCGGGAGGCUGUUCCCCCUGGGAAUCUCCCGCAGCGUCCUGACCGGCUGCCCAUGAGUGAUGCUUUCCCUGACAACUGGACUGAUGGCUCGCAUUAUGAUAACACGGGGUUUGUUGCUGAGGAGACCACGGCGGAGAAUGCCAAUAAUAACCCUCUCCUAGGGUCCAAAUCCAGGAGCGCGGCACCUUCGCACGGACGCCGGCCUUUGAUCAGGCAGGACAGGAUUGUUGGCGUUCCCCUGGAACUUGAGCAGUCUACACACAGACACACCCCAGAAUCAGAAGUGCCUCCUUCCAAUCCCUGGCAGAAUUGGACCAGAACCCCUAGUCCUUUUGAAGACAGGACCGCUUUUCCUUCCAAAUUAGAGUCAACCCCCACCACCAGCCCAUUGCCUGAAAGGAAAGACCAUAUAAAAGAACCUGCUGAAAUACCUAGUCCUUUUUCUCCUGGAGUGCCGUGGGAGUACCACGAUUCCAAUCCCAACAGGAGUCUUAGUAAUGUCUUUUCUCAAAUCCACUGCCGCCCAGAAUCUUCUAAAGGUGUUGUUUCGAUUAGCAAAAGCACAGAGAGGCUCUCCCCACUCAUGAAAGAUAUCAAGUCCAAUAAAUUCAAAAAGUCACAGAGUAUUGAUGAGAUUGACAUCGGCACAUACAAGGUUUAUAAUAUACCAUUAGAAAACUAUGCCACUGGGAGUGAUCACUUGGGAAGCCACGAACGCCCCGAUAAGAUGUUGGGACCAGAGCACGGCAUGUCCAGCAUGUCGCGAAGCCAGUCAGUCCCCAUGCUGGAUGACGAGAUGCUCACUUACGGCAGCAGCAAAGGACCACAACAGCAAAAAGCUUCCAUGACCAAAAAAGUCUAUCAGUUUGACCAAAGCUUCAACCCUCAAGGAUCAGUGGAAGUGAAAGCCGAGAAGAGGAUCCCACCCCCUUUCCAACACAAUUCCGAGUAUGUGCAACAGCCCGGCAAAAACCUGGCCAAGGAUCUGGUUAGUCCCAGGGCUUACAGAGGCUACCCACCGGUGGAGCAAAUGUUUUCCUUUUCGCAGCCGUCUGUGAACGAGGAUGCUGUGGUGAAUGCCCAGUUUGCCAGCCAGGGAGCCCGGGCGGGCUUCUUGAGGAGGGCCGACUCCCUGGCCAGCUCUACGGAAAUGGCCAUGUUUCGGAGGGUCAGUGAGCCUCACGAGCUGCCCCCGAGCGAUAGGUACGGCCGGCCCCCGUAUAGGGGCGGCCUGGAUCGCCAAAGCAGCGUUUCAGUGACUGAAUCCCAGUUCCUGAAGAGGAAUGGCAGGUAUGAAGAUGAACACCCUUCAUAUCAAGAAGUGAAAGCUCAGGCGGGAAGUUUUCCAGUUAAAAACCUUACCCAGAGGAGGCCACUGUCGGCAAGAAGCUACAGUACAGAGAGUUACGGGGCCUCCCAAACCAGGCCAGUUUCAGCUAGGCCUACUAUGGCAGCUCUUUUGGAAAAAAUACCAUCUGACUAUAACUUGGGUAACUAUGGUGACAAGCCAUCAGAUAACAGUGAUAUAAAGACGAGGCCCACUCCUGUGAAGGGAGAGGAGAGCUGUGGUAAAAUGCCUGCAGACUGGAGACAACAGCUGCUUAGACAUAUAGAAGCUAGAAGGUUAGACAGGAAUGCUGCUUACAAACACAACACAGUUAACCUUGGCAUGCUGCCCUAUGGAGGUAUUUCAGCAAUGCAUGCAGGCAGAAGCAUGACUUUAAACUUGCAGACUAAGUCUAAAUUUGAUCAUCAAGAACUACCUCUUCAGAAAACCCCGUCCCAGCAAAGCAACAUUUUAGACAAUGGACAAGAAGAUGUAUCUCCUAGUGGCCAAUGGAAUCCUUAUCCACUUGGGAGGCGGGAUGUACCUCCGGACACCAUUACUAAAAAGGCAGGCAGCCACAUCCAGACUUUGAUGGGGUCCCAAAGCCUUCAGCAUCGCAGCCGGGAGCAGCAGCCUUAUGAGGGAAAUAUAAACAAAGUGACCAUCCAGCAAUUUCAGUCACCAUUGCCUAUUCAGAUCCCCUCUUCACAGGCCACCCGGGGACCUCAGCCUGGACGGUGCUUAAUUCAAACUAAAGGGCAAAGGAGUAUGGAUGGUUAUCCAGAGCAGUUUUGCGUGAGAAUAGAAAAGAAUCCUGGCCUUGGAUUUAGUAUCAGUGGUGGAAUUAGUGGACAAGGAAAUCCAUUCAAACCUUCUGACAAGGGUAUCUUUGUUACUAGGGUUCAGCCUGAUGGGCCAGCAUCCAACCUGCUACAGCCUGGUGAUAAGAUCCUUCAGGCAAAUGGACACAGUUUUGUACAUAUGGAACAUGAAAAAGCUGUAUUAUUACUGAAGAGUUUCCAGAACACAGUAGACCUAGUUAUUCAACGUGAGCUUACUGUCUAAAUAUUUUUUAUAAAUAGUAAAAAUACGUCUAGCCAGACCUAAUGUUCAAAAAUAAAUUUAUACAUAGAAACAAAUUUUGCCAAUUGCUGGACCAAUGGCAAACAUUAGUGCCAAAUGUAUAAUGCUAUAUGUUAGCACUGAUCAUCCUUAAAAAUGUUAACUCUAUAAAUAUGAUGUUCAUGUGGUUAUGUAUUAGUUUUAAUUGUCAGCCUCUGGCUGUGCAUUGGUGCAGUUUUGUUUUUAUUUUGGUUUUGUUUUUUAAUCAAAUAAGUUUCUUCUCAAAGUGGAUUUCAUAUAAUUUCGGAGCACGGAAGCACAUACAAGCUCUUAACAAAUUCUGCUCUCCAUCAGAAACACUGCCUCAAAGUUGUAUAUGCCUUUAUAUAGAAAAUGCAAAUAUGAAGAAUUGUAAUUCCCAUAAAAUAUUUCUAGCACAAGGUAUAUGUUGGCAUAUAUACAAAAAGAAUAUAGAGAAAAACAAUAUUUUCAUAAACUAAACAUCUCGGAUUGAGAAAGAAAAUAUAUCUUAAAAUAAGACUUUACUAUAUUGAAUCUUUUUCAAUAAAAAUUACAUGAUAAUGCCUUAUGAAAGUAACUGUACAUAUGGUAUAAAGUGUUUAUAUUUGGUUCCAUAUUCAUUUGCUAAAUUCUCAUAACACAGAGUGAAAUAUUUCAUAAAUUAGCCAUUUAUCUCUGGGACCUGAAUAAAAAUAGGACAAACUAAUUUGUUCAAUGCCUUUAGAUAAUUAUAGUACAUGCAGAGCUAACAAACAGACUAAAGGCCAUUGUAGAUAACUAUUUUUCACCACAAACUCAAGCAGUGAAUGAUGGGUGGCAUGAAAGAUAUUGCUUUAUUUCUUUCAAAUUUAUGUUGAUUAUAAACUGUAGCCCCAGUGAUUUCUUUACUUGUAAAUGUGGAAUUUUUUUGUGUGUGGCUUAAUUUAAUUUGCUACUUUUAAAUCACUUAAAAUGAGUUUGGGGAAUUGAUAAAAUUUAUCAUUAAGAAAGCCUUGCUAGAAAGUUAUGGUCGGUGAUUAAAAACCUUUGGUAUUUAAAUAUGAAACUUCAAAUAUAAUUUCUCAGAGCUGUGGUCUAUCUGCAUUAUUAAAAUAUAUUAUUCCUCAGAAAAGUUUCAAGGUAUAUAAAAUUCUGAAUACAAUCAUUUUGAAGAAAAAGACAAAUCUAGUUAAUUUAGGAUUAUUUACCUGACAUUGAAACUAUUCUCUAAGUGAUGAAAAUUCAUUUUGAAACAUUUAAACUAUUUUUUUAUUUUAGUCACAAGUUUGAUCAAAAUAUAUUAAUUUGACAUUCCAUAAUAAUUUUUCAGUCAUUGCAUGCAUUUUCUUUCAUAUUUCCACAUAGCUUCUUUAUAUAAUGAAUUUAUGUUAUGUGCUACUCUUUCAAGUAUUCUAAUGGGAUUUUCAAAUAUUGAUGUCACCAAAGCUCUGAGAAUAAUAUUUGUAAGUUAAUUGUUUUAUGGGGACAUUGAAGAUAUUGUAUUUUUGUAGGAUCUAUUAAAAUGAGUGUCACUUAUUAGAAGUACAGUAGUAUUUUUUGGCAAUAGAAACUUGUCACUUGAAGGUAAAUGAUGCUUCUCUUUAUAAAUAAUGCACUAAUUCUGAUGUUGCUUUAAGUCAAGGUGACAUCCAUGAUUUUAUAGAGUUUGGCAAUUAGCUAAUGACUAAAUGAUUAGCCUAUUUAGUAUGUUUCCCAGAAGUAACUUUUAAAUGCAUUUUAAUACAUUGAAAGUUUCUGAUGACAAAUGUCUUUCAGAGUCUAAUUUCAGAGUCAUUGUCAAAAACUCACUCCAACCACUGUAUACAGAUAUUGUAGAAUGAUCAUCAUUUUGGUCUCACAAUAUCACUCAAAAGGCAAAACAAACUCAUGAGUGUAGUUUAGGGACAAUGAAACAUCUUGAACAGUUCCAUUAGUUUUGUGAAGUCUUGUAUGGGAGAGGUGGGAAAAAGGCAAGAUGGAGGAUUUCCCUGUCUGUUUCUCAUGCCUGCUUUGCACACAAAGCCCAGUGCCUCAGGAGAUGCUUCCAUGGCACAUGGGUGAGAGAAACAUAAUCCUAGUGAACAGAGCUAGCACUCCUGAAGUGACAACAGGGUCUUAGGCCAAUGCUGUAAAACUUCCUAGUCUGCAGUUCAGAAGUGAAGCGAAGAGAAAAAAGUUCCAGGAUCAGCAGGAAAAGAAAUGUGAUAAGCCAAAGCACCUCAUUCAUUGUCAACAGGACAGACCUGAGAACCAGGCAACAGUGAAAAGAUGCUUUUUUUUUUUUUUUUUUAGCAUGACUAGAGAGAAUCACUAACCACUUGAGGCCAGGCCAAGGGUGAGGAUCUAAUUGUUUCUCAGCUAGCCAAACCCACUGAUCUUUAAGUUUUGACUUCUUUUGAGUAACUGAUUUAGCUGCCUGAAGUUAGAAUCUGGUUCAUGUUAACAGCAACAAAAAGUCAAGGGCAUGCCUUUAACAACAACAAACAAGGUGGAAUUCAUGCUGAUUCCAACAGACUCUACCUCUUGGUCUUUUAAGUUUUAUUGUAAUCUUUCUGCUGAGGAAGCUAUUGAAAUGUGAUGGACCAGUAAGAUGUAAUGGAUGGCAUUAAGAAAGAUUAAAGAUGGAAGGAAAAAUAGCUGAAAAGUAUUAGUAGAAUGGCUAUGGAUUUAACAAGACAAAUCGACUUCAGUGGACAAUUACAAAACUAUUUACAGGGCCUAUAGGCCUUUAUUGUAAAAUCUCUCUUAAGUUAGUUCCCACCCUCCCAGACAACACAGGUCACCUAAACACACAUAAUAAUGUCCAAAUAUAAGUGCGUUUUUGGUAAGGAAUAGUCAAAGUCAGUAUAGCAUACAGAUAUUAACAUCAUGCUAAUUGCUCAUUGAAACCUAAAGAAGACAUGUGUCCCAGUUAGAUUUGUAAUUGCAAAACAUCAAGUAAUCUUGGUUGUUUCUGGGCCUUGGUUUACUAGCUUUAAGUUGGAAAACAGUUUAAAAUAGAGGAUACUAUCACAAAUUAACAACCUUUCAUCUUAAAGAUGAUUAUACACAUAAUCACUGAUAUAAUUGCUUAUAACUUAAGUAUGCUAACAAAAGGGAAGAUUCGAGGGAAGUAAAUAUUGAAAAAACUAUUUAUAUGUUCAAAUGUUAAGUGAAAAAUAUUUGAUCUUGCCAAAAUCAUUAGAUGAAGAAAACCAGAAAAACACUUUAUUUUUAAUCAUAAAAUCUUCUUAAAGCUUUGGAGAACACAACUGUACUGUGAAUUUGGUUUUCCACUGGUUCUUAGGCUUUCCUUAAUUUCUACCCUUUUUGGUACACAAAACAAAAAUAUCUAUUCUGUUGAAUACACUUUUAUCAAAAAGCAAGAAUAUGAUAAAGCCAGACAAGAAGCCACAGUGGUAUGAAACUAUGCUUUAAGUUUUUGGUAAAUCCAAUUAGAUAAUUGUCAGAUAAUUCAAUCAAACAAUUUGUUUUAUUGUUUCCUGACAUACUAACUAAAUCCGAUCAAAAAAUUCAAUCAGAGGAUCAAUGUUUUCAUUGAUUCCUGAUUUACUAACCAAACAGCAAGUUUUGCAACACUAGGCUGGUUAGUAAAAAGUUAUGCAAAUAAUGAAGUCCAGUGAGUUAAGAAAAGAAAAGCAGGAAUAAGAUUCCAAUAAACUUCCUUUCACAGAAAUGCUAAUUCUUUUUGAGGCUUAAUAAAAUGUCAAACACUGGCUAGUGAUGUGCCCUCUCUUAUGAUCAGCUACCUGAUCUGGGAAUUGAAGGGAAAUCUCCGGAUUUGAGAUUACUUGCAUGAACUUUUCUCCUUAGAAUACAACUGAUUUCCAUUAAGAAAAGCAUCCUGACUUGGCUCGGAAUAUUUCCCACUACCCAGUGGGUCUCAAGAAUACAUGUAUAAGAAAAUAGAAAGUGGGCAGUAGGGGAAUGGGUGUACACUGGAAAGCAAGUGCAUUAAUAGUAUAGGAGAUCCUGGGUGUCAGUUCUCCCAUAUGCAUUACUUUAGCUCCUAAACUUUUUAGGGCCAUUUCUGUUCCUUCAUUGCUGCUACCACUGCUUUAGAUUCAUCCCUCCAACUCCUCAUGCUAUUCCAAAGGCAGUGGAUGUCUGGUCUCAUCCUGAUGGAAGACGGAUAAGAGACCCCCUGAGAGUUCUAGCUUUUCAGAGACCCUUGUGAACCAAGCCGUUCCAGCUUCCAGGUUGGAAGUGACUUUCUUGGAUAAUCAUGGAACUUACAGCAGUAGCAUAAGCAAGGCCCAGAGGUGAGGCACUUGCACAUUGCUAACCACAGCAAACCAAGCUUAUGUGUGAGGGUGAGGGUGGCAAUGCCUUAAUAGAACCGUGUUUCCAAUUCUGUGUUUUAAAUGUUGAAUUUUGCCCUAUCAAGGGACUUUCUCUCAGUCUUCUGCUGCUUAUGGUUGGGAUAGGCUCUAAUCUUCUUCAUCUUUCCACUGUCUGCAAGAGAAUGCUUUGGAAACAUUCUCCCAUGACCACCAUUUCUACUUUGGAGAAUUCUGAGAUGUUUGAACAACUGAGAGGAAAAUCACUCUGUUUUUUUGUUUUUUGUUUUUUUUUUUUUUUUUUAAUUAAAAAACAUAUAGUAGGGGCCGGCACUGUGGCGUAGUGGGUGGGGCUGCCACCUGCAGUUUUGGCAUCCUAUGUGGGCGGCCGUUCUAGUUCCGGCUACUCCACUUCCUAUCCAGCUCUCUGCUGUGGCCUGGGAGAGCAGUGGAAUAUGGCCCAAGUCCUUGGGCCCUGUACCCGUGUGGGAGACCCAGAGAACGCUUCUGGCUUCAAAUCGGCCCAACUCUGGCCAUUGUGGCUAUUUGGGGAGUAAUCAAGCGGAUGGAGGACCUCUCUCUCGCUCGCUCACUCACGCUCUCUCUCUCUCUGCCUCUGCCUCUCUGUAACUCUGCCUUUCAAAUAAAAUAAAUAAAUAUUUUAAAAAACAUGUACUGAACAUAUAUGAUAUUGAAUCCUCUGGGGUUUUAGCUACAUGAUUCUCUUAAUCUUCCCUGAGAGCAAGAGGAAAAGAGUAAGCGAAGGGAAAUAGUUCAUUAGUUCCAAUUUGAGAGGCAUUUCUUCAGCUGGAAGCAUUUCCCUAGCUGAACUGAAGUCAGGAGUCAGUUCGUGCUGUUUGUAACAAUACAUUAAGCACCAAUCAGGAUAAGAAGUGGGCCCAGAGGUAAGGACUGCACAGAUGAGAAGGCUGUCACUGCAGCUGUGUUAGCCUAUGCCCAAACUUUCUGCAGUAUACUCUCUAAAAAAAUAUUUAUUUGCUUGAAAGUCAGAGCUACAGAGAGGGAGAGACAGAGAGAUCGUCCAUCGAUUGGUUCACUCCCAAAAGCCAAAACAUGCCAGGGUUGGGCCCAGCUGAAACCAGGAGCCAGGGGCUUCUUCUGGGUCUCCCACAUGGGUGCAGAGGCCCAAGCACUUGGGCCAUCUUCCACUGCUUUCCCAGGCCACUAGCAGGGAGCUGGAUCAGCAGCAGAGCAGCUGGGACUCAAGCAGGCGCCCAUAUGAGAUGCUGGCACUGCAGACAGCGGCUUUACCCGCUAUACCACAGCGCUGGCUCCCAAUAUGCUCUUUAAACACACACACACACACAAACUUAAUUUUGUUCAUGGCAGAACCUCAAGGAGUAGAAGACUGACUGUGAAAUUCAGACAGCAUUCAUGAGGGAAGUACUGAAAUUGUGUGACUCUCACUAGUCAGGUUUUGGAACCAGUAUAGGACUGACCAAAAAAAAGUCAUGAGUCAAAUUUUCACAGCUGAGAUUUUCAAAACCAGCAUAACUUCCUUUCUUUCUUUUUCUUUUAUUUUCUUCUCUCUCUUGUUUUUUUUCCUUUCCCUUUCUUCCUUAAAAAAAAAAAAGGUUCUUUUUUUCAUUCUUUAAUAAUUAUCAAUAAGUGUAGGAUUUGGUGUUGAGAAAAACGUUAAAUGGAUCAUCCAAUCUUUCUUUAGUUGUGAAAGUAUAUUAUUUUCUAUAACUGUUGCACAAAUGUUGUAUUGUUUGUGCCUGUUUUUUUCCUUCUUUAAAAUACUGUGAUGAGUAAACCCUAACAAAUAGCAGGUAUUUCUAUCCUGAAACUAAAAUAUCUUAGUACAGAUUCUUUUUCUUCUCAUUAGCAAAUUUCUAUAUUUCCUCCUCCAUAGGAAAAUAUUUACUGUAGCUGAAUCUCAGAUGCUAGGGUAUUCAUUCAUAAAUUCUAAAUUUUAGAGACAUUUCAUUAAAGAAUGUAACUAAAGCAUGAAAUACAAUGGUUAUAAAUAUUAAAUAUUUGUUAGGCAUCAGGUAUAUGUCAGAUAGUGCAAGGGAUAAAAUAAGCUCUCCUGUACAUGGAGUUUCACACUCAAGUGGAAAGAUAAGAGAAAUUCUAGAUUAAAGACAGUACAGGGCAAUGUGGUGAGUCAUUUUGUGCCUGCCCUCAACCUAUCCUGUUGCCAAAGGAAAUUGCAUCUUUUUCUUUGCAAAUCUGUUUGGAUUUGAAAAGGGAUGUUCAUUUGGAGCUGUAGAUAGGUCUCUCUAUUGUAUCUAUGGCCCUUUGGAGGUCAUUAUGAUUGUUUGCUUGGAUUUAGGGCACUCUUUGAUAGUCCAGACUGGUAAGAGUUGAUGUGUUACUGGACAAUAUAUUUAGUAAUGAGAAUCACUUGGAUCUCUGGAUGAGAGGUCAGAAUUUGUCCAGUUUAUUUGUUCUAAAGAGUAAAGGUCAUAAAAUGAAGAUCAGUACCCCUCAACCUAGUUCUGCACUGUAUCUAUGAGCCCCUGACAUGAUGAAAGAAAAAGAUGGAAGGCAGUACUUUAUAAAAGUUAUGAGGUGUUUGAUUUAAAAGAUUCUUCUAUGUUGAGUGCUCCCAAAAGGUUGCUCCUAUAACCAUUGCCUGUCAGGGACUAUCAGGAAACAUGGGAUUGGGAAUUCAUGUAGUCCAGUAUUAGAAUGCAAUGAGUUGAGCAGUCAUUCAGUUGGCUCAUUUCAUAUUUACUUCACUUGUGGGAUGAACAUUUUUACUGCAUACUAUUCAAUUAAUCAAUCCCAUGAAAAUUCUGCUUUAUAAAGUUGAAUCAUACAUAUCCACAUACAUAAACACCUAUUUACUUAUUCUUCCAAGGAAAGUUUAAAGCUUCUGAAUUUAGGAAUUGUUGAGUUUUUUUCUCAUCCCAUUCAUACUGUUUUAGAUAUGUAGGAAUCCUUGCCUUUCCCUGAAUACUCCUUGUGCUUUUAUACUUAAACUUUUUUUUUUAAAAAAGGUUUAUUUAUUUGAAAGGUAAGUUACAGAGAGAGGGAGAGACAGAGAGAGAGCUCUUCCAUCCACUGGUUCACUCCUUAAAUGGCUGCAACAGCCAGGGUUAGGUCAGGCCAAAGCCAGGAACAAGGAGCUUCUUCCAGGUUUCCCACAUGGGUGGCAGAGGCCUGAACAGUUGGGCUGUCUUCCACUGCUUUCUCAGGCACAUUAGCAGAGAGCUGGAUGGUAAGUAGAGCAGCUGGGACUUGAACUGGCACCACAUGGGAUGCUGGCAUCACAGGCUCAACCUGCUGGCCACAACUCCAGCCUCUAUUUCAGCUUUUGCCCACACCAGUCCUUCUACUGGAAUACCUUUCUCUUCCCAUUCCCUUUCUAAAUUACCAGAAACCAUAUGCAGCCUUCAGGAUCCAGUUUAAAAAAACACUACAACCAUGAACUCUUCUCCAGUCUUAGGGGAAGAAUUUCCUCAGUACCAUCUUAAUACAUUUGUGCAUAUUUUGUAGUGUCUUUCACAUUCUGACUAAUCAUGGCUAUUUGAUAUGUGCUUUCUCAGCUCUCAAUUGUAAGCUCCUUGAGACAGAGCAUCAGAUACUAUUUAAUAGAGGUCUUCAGGACAAAUGAUCUUCAAGAGGGCACAUACAGGUUUAUUUACCAUAUAUCCUGUUAGUAUUGAUGUCAGAAGCACAGUAGAUACUCACUAAAUAUCCGGUAAUGAUUAAAUGAAUGACAGGCCUGGCACAUGAAGGCCCCUAAUACUGAAUUAAAUAGGAAGUUGAUGUUCUAUUUGUGUAAUCUUAAAAUGCUAAUCUUUUGACAGUUCAUUCACCAAUUCUAGUUUAAAAAAAAAUUCUAUGUUUUAACAUGAUCUUCCUUCCCUCUUCAGCAUUUCUCCUGAGACCUCCUAGGUCUCAUGUGCUGUUUCAGCACUUAUGUUUAAUUUCCCUUUUAUGUGUUCUAAGGGCCUUAACACUGUCCAAAAAGUUUAAGAAAUGCCUUUUUGUUCCUUUAAUUGGAGUACAUUAUCCUUUUGAUUUGUUUGGAUUUUAUUUCUCUCCUGGGAAGAAGUGAUGCCUACAGUUCUCAGAAAUGCCUGAGAAGCACAAUCACACAGUUGAUACCAUCCAGGCAGGGUCUUGAUUUCUUAGAGAUAGCCUCAUUGUAUCAGAGGUCCCCAAGGCCGGCAGAGGUGUAAUGACUGGACAAAGGAGAUGAUAGUCAUGGUUGAGACUGGCUUUAGUUAAUAGAUUCUUCUACCUGUAUAUUGUAACUUGGUAUAUUUAUGCUGCCUAAGCUAUGGGAGAAAGAGAAGGGUGACAUGAGAGCAUUGAGGCUAGGGUUGGGUAGUUGGUAGGGGAAAAUCCUCAUUUUAGCUCUAAAAUGUAAUUAAUUGCUGCUUCAUGCUGCCUGUUGGUGCAUAUAGAAUUGUCUGACCUCUGGCCUUUGGCCACAGUUCAGCAUGACAAUGUGGACACGUUGUAUUUUGACUUCAUUUUGAGGAUAGAUCCCAUCCCAUAUCUCCCUGAAGUGAACAUGUCAUGUAGUCUAGCCAAAAUGCUCAGGCUACUGCAAAAGCUAAAGAAUUGAUAUUAUUAAGAACUUAGAUAGACCACAGAAAAUCAAAGUCAACAGUGAUAUAUAAUCAUUUUCCCAUUUCUAAAUUGUUACAGAGGUCAGAAUCUGACCUCUUGAUCUAGAAGUAGAGAGGGAACAUGCCAUUUGUACUGGAUGAGUAUUGACUUCAUUAGAUCCUUCCCUUGUAGGGAGAGAAAGUGGAUUCCUACCCCUUUACAAGAAAAAUGACACCAAUGUGGAUAGACUUCAAGGUUCAUAAACUCUUACCCAACUCCCUAUACUAACCCAUAAGAUCUUGGUUUCCUUGCCAGGAAGCCAUUUCUGUCUUAGCUUUAUCUCAAAAAUAUUUGCCAUAUUUUCCUAUUUAGUUUUCAUAGAAAGUUGACUCCAGAAUUGAGUGAAAUAUUCCCAAUUUUAAACCGUUUGUCAUUAACUAUUUUGCUUAUACUACCAAUGCGAAUUACCCUCAUUCUGACUCUGUUUUUUAAUUUCUUUGCAUCAGGAGGAAUUGUUAACUCUCUAUUUUGUUGAAUUAUGUCUUCAUGAAAUUUUAUAUAUAAAGAUUUAUAGCUCAUGAGUGAGUACCUUGAAGGAAGCUUCCAUCAUUGUUUUCUUUGACAGUAUGGUGUCUCAAACUGUUCAAUCUGACAACCCAGUGUCUGUAGAUUUAUAUCAUGAAAAGAAUGCAAAUGUCUGAAAAAAAAUGAAACCAGAAAUUUAAAUGUGAAAUACUCAAGAGAGUGACAUUAUUUUAGUGAGUGGGUACAAAUACUUUAAGAAUGGUAAGAAUUGUUUAAGUAUUUUAAUUAAGAGCAUUUCAUUUAUUUUAAUUAAGAGGCACAAAAACAGGGAGAUAGAGCUUCCAUCCACUGGUUCAUUCCCCAAAUGCCUACAGUGGCCUGCACUGGAACUGGAUCAGGCCAAAACCAGAACUGGGAAUUUAGUCCUGGCCCCAACUACUUGAGCCAUCACCUGCUGCCUCCCAGGGUCAGCCUGCAUUAGCAGGAAGCUGCAUCGCAAAACAGGGCUGGGACUCAAACUCAGGUACUCCGAUAUGAGUAGUGGGCAUCCUAACCAGCACCUUUACUGCUGGGCCAAACACCUGCCCUGGCAAUAGCAUUUUAGACUAGUAUGUGACAACUAUAGCAAUGUAGGGCUGGAUGAAGGAGAGAAAUUAAAUUAUUAAGGGAGUAAGAAUGAUAAAGGGAAAAGAAGAGAGAUAAAGGAUAAAGAGUACCAGAGGGGGCCGCAGCUGUGGAAUAGUGGGCUAAACCUCUGUUUGUGGUGCCGGAAUCCCAUUUGGGUUAAAGCCCUGGCCUGAAGUGCUGGCAUCCUAUAUGGGCGCCGGUUCUCGUCCUGGCUGCUCCUCUUCCCAUCCAGCUCUCUCCUAUGUUCUGGCAAAGCAGUAGAAGAUGGCCCAAGUGUUUUUGGGCCCCUGCACCCAUGUGGAAGACCCAGAAGAAACUCCUCAAUCCUGGCUUUGAAUCGGCCCAGCUCCAGCCAUUGAGGCCAUUUGGGGAGUGAACCAGUGGAUGGAAGACCAUUCUCUGUCUCUACCUCUCUCUAUCUGUAACUCUACCACUCAGAUAGAUAGGUAAGUAGGUAGGUAGGUAAAUAAAUAAAUAAAUAAAUAAUUCUUAAAAAAGGAGCACCAGAGAAAAAAUAUACAGAAGAAAUCAGAUCAGGCAUACCCUCCAUUCUCUGGCCCUGGUGACUUGGGCCCUUUUUUAGAUAGCCCAGAAUGCCCUUCCUAACCCUGCUGUCUCUUCAGGCCAGGACUCCCUCUUGCUCUUUCAGAUGUUGAAAAGUAAUUAAAAUGAAAAGAAAGUCAUAUACUAUUAGAAGUGUAAUAAUUUAGUUGCCACUCAUUUCCAGAAACUGUUUUUGCAGUGUAGUACUGGUAGAUACUUUUUCAGUCAAGAAACUUCUCAGAACAAGGAAAAUAAGAUAUUUCAUUUAAAAAAAACUUACUAGAGUACUUUUCUGAAAUAAAGGUCAAUAUUGAAUAAUGUAGGUGUAGGUAAAAGUACUGUGAAUAAAUGAAGAAAAUCACUGUUCUAUCAUACAGAAAGGGACCUUAAGAGGAUCUGGUUCAUUUGUCUACUUGCAGGAAGAAUUAAUGCUAUUUUAAUAUUCCUCCUGGGGAGGGGAUACCACUUUCCUGUAUAAGCAUGAAGUAGCAAUAAAUUAUGGUUUUCAUUAAAAUGAAACACUCUGCUUAAAUGACUGGGAUUCAAGUAUGACAUAGAAUUCUCAGGCCCAUUCAUACUUUUUAAUGAACAAGUGUCUGCAGUUAAAAAAAGCUUCCACUAGAUGGCGACCUUAUAUUUACGAGUAUAUUUAUAUCUGCAGCUUGGCAAUUGUCUAACUCAGAUCAAUUGUUAAAAAUGCCCCAUUCCACAAUAUUCUUUUGAGAAAAUUCAUUGGAAACAAUGACCAAAAUGUAAACAAUAUAAGAAAUUAGCUUUGAGCUCAUUGUCAGCAGUUUCUAUGUUUUUGACUCAGGUUUGAUCAACCAUGCAGAACCCAGAGACAGAGACUGUCUCCAUCUCUAGGCUGUGAGUGUGUGCUUUAAGGUUUUGAUGGUCCUUAAUUGUUUAGUACAAUUAUUAUAUCCACCAGUUUAAUACUUCUUCUCUAACUUACUUAUAUUUUUUUGUCCUAUGUACUGUUAUGUGAACCACCUUUCAUCUAGGUAUGUUUCAUCCAAGUAUGUAGGAAUACAAUUGCUACAGACUAUCCAAAAUGCAUUUUUAAAUGACCUCGGUAAAACUUAAACGAUCUGAAUAUGCGUGCAACUGUGUAUAGCUCUUAUUUCUAGCUAGCAUCUGGUAGUGAGAAGGCAUCUGCUGUAAACUAUGUGUACAAGUAACUGGCAUGAUGUUCUGCUAAGAGUUUAUCAGACUGUGAAGUGAACAAGGGAAGUAUUUCAAAAUGUGUCUCACAAUGUGAUAACUGGAGUCCAGGGGUAAUUGACAAUCUCCCUCUCAGCCUCUCUUCUGUCAGGCGGCCCACCCCUCCCCUGGGGUUAAAGGCACACCCUGGCAGCCUGGGAGACUUGUGUCCUCAAGCUAUUUUGGGUGUUAGAUAUCUGGAAUUUCAGGGCCUCUGGUGGCUGGAUCAUUGCUGAAAAAGCCAAAUGUUUCUGUUUACAUCUAAGCUAAUUAUAGCCUCCACCUCACAGCUGAGCCAGCACCCUUGCCUGGGCACCACCUUUGCUCAUUCCUUCAAAGCCCUACUCAUGUGUGCAGUCCUGCUGUGUCUCUGUCAACCAUUUAGUCUUUUUUUUCUUCCAACUCAGAGCAGAAGUAGAUGGAAAUCGAGGUGUCCUUUCUCCAUUGGGUAAAACUACGUAAAUCCUCUAGUGUUUUCCUCCAGAGGAUGCAGUUUUCUUCCUGCCACGUGAUCGCCAGCUACUACAGUAGUAGCUCUUUCUUAGCAAAUGUAGUUGGUGUUCUGUAACCUCUGUAGGACCCCCAGCCUCUGGGGCUUGCUUGCUAAGCAUACUUCCACUCUUCAGGGAAGUUGAACACCUGACCACGUUUAAAUUAUACACAACACACCACAAUUCAUUUUAAGGCAAAUACAGCAUUAUUUUAUUGUUGUGGAUACAGGUUUGGCUUUUUACUAUUCCAUCAGCUUUUUAAUCUGCUCUCAGAAAUCCAUAAGCUUUAAAAUAGACUUAGUUGUAGAAUCUAGAACUAAAUACUAGAAUGAAAAUUAAGGAUCUUAUUGAGAUUGAUGAGAAAACUAGUUGCUAUUUCUGUAUGUCAAUAGUAUGCUUUGUUCAUUUUUUGUUCUUUGUUAAUGCUGGUACUGCAUUGCCUUUCGAAUUUUGGUGUCAGCUAUGAUCUGAAGUAUUUUUUGCCUUUGCUUUGUCUGUCACAGAUGGAUAAUCUUAAUCUUAUUUUACUCCUGCAAGCGCUGGUAGGUCAGGGCUUCCUGUUCAACAACACAAUCCCUGUUGUGCUGAGACACUGAUCCCCUCACAGCAAACAGGCUUCUGGCUUAUUCCGUCCCCUUUGAGCCUGCCUGUACCUGAAAAUGCAUAACAAGCAUUAUUAUUUUUCAUCUGUGCCAUAAAGUCAAGAGGUCAAGAAGCUCUUCUUUCAGGCACAACAAAUGGGACUAUCACAUUGGUUGGAGUGUAGGGCACUUGGUUGCCACAAGAAGAGGAGAGAGGAGGAAAGUUGUUACUUAAAAUGCAUUUGAAGCCUUUAAAACAGUCCUGGCACCCCUCCCAGACCCAUCUCCAAGAUGCUGAUAGUCACUUAGUGUUGCAUCGCUGAGUAAUAAGUGAGUGAUCAACACACUCAAGACUUUGUUUUUUAUUGGUGUUCAUUAUGCCAAAAUUCUGAAGAAAAAAAGCUAGCUAGGUAGUAGCCAAGCCUCACACUCCAAAUUUGAUUUGUCCUCUAUGUUAUCAGUAUGCAGACUUGUAACACUUAUCUUUACUGACUGCCCUGUUUUAAACCAGCUGUGGUUGAUAGCCAGUUUUUGAACAUAAUUCUUGGGCUAUCCUUUGUGAGAUUACUGAACUUAGCAAUAAGUAUUUUGCAUUUGAUAGGAUUGCAUAGCCUCAUUAUGGUCAAGACAGAGUCCCAGGCAGUCUGUCACUUUGACAGGUUCUUUAUAAAACCGUGAAUGUUGAUAACAACAUUGCAGAUCUAUGUAUGUGACCACUUCUAAAAGAAAUUGAAGUUAGGAAUUCAUCUCUCUGGCUUCACACACACAGGUCUGCAAAGUUCAUUGAAAAUGUGUAUUAUGAAAAACUAGGCAUGGAUUUCCAGUUUUUGUACCAAAAUAAAUGUAUGCUUUAUUUCCAUCUUCCACAAACUUUUUAAAAUACCCUUAUAUUGUGAGGAUAUAGAUGAAUAUGCUAGAGAUAUUUAUGGAAAAUUUUUCAAAGAAGACAUAGUGUGUACUUGUCUGGGUCCCUUGCUCACAAGGACAGUAAUUACCACUUUGGGGAAUUAAGUGGAAAUGUAAAAAAAAAAAAAAAAAAGAGCCUGAUAAAGAUAUAAAGCUAGAUAUGUAUGAGGAUACUUCAAAAAAUGCAGAAAAAAUGAAUUAAAAGAUGAUGAUUUUGAUGAAAUUUUUUUAAAAAAUACUAUUUUUCUUUUCAUAAUGCUUUCCAUUAACUUUUUAAAAAAAAUUUAAGAGGCAGAGUGAGAGGGAGAAGGAGAGAGAGAGAGGGGGAGGGAGAGAGAGAGAAUCUUCUAUCCUCUGGUUCAGUUUUAUUGCUAAGAAAACCCCAGAAUUUCUUUUGUUUGCUUUUUCAGGAUUAAAUCAAUGAUUAUGUUACUUGGCUUAGAUUAGGCUAGAGUUGUAAUAACAGCAACUGUGUAAGGAAGAUGGGUUCAAAAAGUGUCCCGGUUCAGCCAUCAUCUGGAAAAUCAGCUGCCAUUUGGUUAUGAAGUAGUGAGUUUUACUUUGUAGCAACUCUGUGUCUUUGUGCAUCAACCUAGAAAAUAUGAAUUUAUGAAAAACAUUACUUUUAAAAUACUUAGCCCAAGGACUUUUGACCUUCAGUACCACUUUGGACAUAUUGCUGGAGAUUCUGAUUGAGGAAAAAACUUGAAUAUAUGUAUAUUCAGUAUAUAUAUGGAAAAGACAUCAUACAAUAAAUCCACCUGUAAAGCAUAAUGCCUACUACAUAGACAUCAUUCCAUUCAUAAAUCAGCUUUUCUAAUUUCCAAAUACUUGUAGUAAAAGCAAUAAAUAUACUGAGUUUACAGAGAUUGGUCCUUUUAUGAACUGUAUACUAAACUACAUGAUAAACUGAAGAAACUAUGUAUAAGAAAGUCUGUAACUCUCUAAGUAUAUGGUAGCAUAGAGAAUCACUCAUGCAAACUCAUAGAAAGUUGCCAGGAUGAAUUCAAUUGCUUAAAAACUUUGAAAGAGACCAAAUUUAAAUUUUCAGUACCUUAUAAAAAUUUUAAAUAAGUUUUAAGUUCCAGACUGAGGAAUGAGCAAGUGUAGUAAAACUGUUAAACCGUGAUAGUAGUGUCAGAUGGUGUCAGUGUGCAGGAGCUCCAUCUGCUUUGUCCAAGAUAGGAUCUACCAGCAAGAGGAUCAGUGCGAAGUCACUCGUCAGUGUAAUCCUGAUCAACUGAGGAGGAUCUGAGUGAUUAAAAUUUUUUUAUUUUAUUUAUUUGAAAGCCAAAGUUACUGAGAGGAGGAGUGGGAGAGAGGGAGAGAAAAAGAGUGGGAGACAGAGAGAGGAGGGGCAAGAUCUAUCCGCUGGUUCACUCCUCAAAUGGCCACAAUAGCUGAGCCUGGCCAGAGCUUCAUCCAGGUCUCCCACAUAGGUGCAAGGGCCCAAUUACAUGAGCCGCCUUCUGCUGCUUUCUUAGGAACAUUAGCAGGGAGCGGGAUUGGAAGUGGGCAGUUGGGACUAGAACCAGCACCCUAUGGGAUGCUGGCAUUACAGGCAGUGGCUUAACUCAUUAUGCCACACCACCAGCCCCCAUCUUCCUGAUUUUGAGGAGACUGUAUCAGAAAAGCAGCAGUCUCUUAUUUGUUAUAUGUCAAAUUCAAAGGCAUGGCUGCCGUGAAGACCCUAUGAUGUUCUAUUUGCCUAUCUCAGGAAGAUCUGCUUGUUUGACCUUAGUAAAAAGUAGUGAUUUAUGUGGCUUUAAAGAUGAACGCUGCAUCAGGUUAUUCUAAUACUUCCUACCUGCAAAAACCAAGCAUUUGAAGUAUUCAGUCCUGAAAUUUACUGGAAUAUUGAUUUAAGAAAUUCUGUUAGCACAAGUAAGUCACUGUUCCCAAACCUCUGUUUAGGGUCCUGCAUAUAUUAUCAAAUUUGCCUCCAAAGAGCAGUGGGAGAAAAUUCAGCUGUUUUACUGAAUUUUGGAAUUCUUUUAAGUAUUCUUGGGAAAAGAGAAACUAGUGGGUUUUUUUGAUAUUUCAAAGAUUCAUUGUUGAAACUGUCAAAAGCAUCAGUAAGGAACUCUAACCAAUAGAUCAGAAUGCCAUUCUGAAAGUAUUCCUAGUGAAAUCAGAAAGUCCAAUGUAUUACUGCACAGAACAUACUAUAUUCAAACCAUCUGCAGUUAGAUGUAUCCUACAGACAUCUGUCCAAUAGUGGAUUGUCCCUACAGACAUCUGUCCAAUAAUGGAUUGUCUCCUACUCCCUGCCUCCAUUCCUACUCAUCAGCCAGGUGGAUGUCAUAUGUCUAGUCGUCUUCUUUGUGUUUGAGGGAAGAGGAUGACAUCAGGUCAAAAUGUCACUACUCCCUGAAAACCAGCUCUCCAGGAAGCAUCAAUCAUCUCCUGUGACUUUUUCCCAUCCCUGCAAGGCAACUGCAUUUCAGUACAGGCCGAAGCUGGAGUUUAGGAAUGGGGCACUAAUUGGAGGAUUUCAGAAAUUAGCCUUCUGUUUAGCUUGAAGGACAGCGCAGGUAAAUUCUCUGUGGAGCCUAUGGAAGUACCACAUGUGGAUGUCUUUUUCAGAUUAGGCUGAAAAUCCGAGUCCUAGUUAAAGAUUUCCUGGAAUCCUGAAGGCUGAUUUAAUCCAUUUAUUACCAAGUACAGAAGGAAAGAGGUGGAUCCGCAGGGAGGCUUUGUAUGGGGUGAGGUAAAACAAUUAUUUCCUGGGUGAGAACUUGUUUUGGGAUACUAAGAAUAGCUGCCACGUUGGGUGAGAAGAACAAUAGAUUUGUAUUUGUGUGAGUUGUGUGUAUGUGUGUGUGUUUGGAAACAUGCUUCAAGCAAUAAUGUACUAGGCAUGCAAUAAUCUUGUCGGGUAGAGCAUGCUGGCUUUGUGAAAGUGAGAAGAGAAUUGAUACAGCAGCCUGCUUUUGUUGAUUAAGCUAAGCAUGGAUAUGCCUUUACCAAAGGGCAUAAUUGACCAUACAGUUAAUUUAACCUUUGGGCUAAAGAGCUUAAACAUGUAAGGGAGGGAACUUGUUCCCCUUACCCAAGUACUACUCUCUCCCUGCGUUCCACACAUCACUGCCCCUUGAGACCAACUAAGGGGAAGGCAUUUUCCUUCCCAUCUUUAUUAAUCUGGUCACAUGAAGAAUGUCCUGUUUUUUAAAAUCCCAAAUGCUCAAAUUACCAUGUAGAAACCUACUCUCUAUCAGUUUUCUCCAAAUUUAAUCCUUAGCGUCAUGUCAUAUUUUCAUUUCUCUGCAAUGGUUCCCAUGGCAACAACUUGCCAGCAGACAAAGUAUGCCUCUGUUUUCGGCCUUCUGUACAAUGCAAAUUCCUUCUGGUGAUCCUCAGGCAAGUGUCAUAUAAACAGGCAGGAAGAGAAUACAGUUCCCUUGGCUAAUGCCUCUAAUUCCUUUCCUUCUUGCAUGCAUUUCCUACCCUAGCCCCAAACCAGGCUCACAGGCAAAGAGAAAAAAUAGCAUCUGAACCCUGCGCAGAAUUACUUCAACUAUUGAUGAAAGUAUUCCAAGGCCCUCCUAUCCAACCACACGUGCAAGGACUGAGCCUUCUGGUUUAGAUGGCUUUCCCCUUCCCUAUGUGUCACUGACUUAACUGACAUACAUGCAUCAUUAAUGAGUAAUUGGGACAACAAAGAAAAACAAUUUCCACUUAUACCUGUAAAAAAUUUCUUCAGUAUAGCCCAGGGAUUAAGUAUGUCCUUAACUGAACCUUAACUCAGUGUCAAAUGAAGAUAGUGGGGACUUUCCAGCAGAUUUUCUCCCAGAGGGUGGAUAAGUGGCAUUGGGGGGUGGGGAGGAAGUAGGGUGGCUCAUCCCAAAGUUCUGAGCUCUUUAAAAAGGAAGACAGAGCAAAAUGGUAGAGAAAGGAAGAGAAAGAACAUUGUAACUGAUGGCUGCAUGUGAGCAAGGAACCUUACGUUAAGACAGGAUUCACGAAUGAAAAAGGUGACAAACCUACCCAAAGCUAUGGCAAUGCAGUGUGGAACAAGGAGUUUUUGAGUUAACAAUCUGCAGAUCAGGAGACUGCAAAUGAGAGAAUAGCUUCAUGUGGACUUUGACCCAACUCUGUCUACAAAAUAUUAUUGCAAGUAAUAUUUUUCUUGAUUUAUUUGUUUGAAUUUUAAAAUUCCAUCGUAGCUUGGUACUUAGUUGUAUGCCUAGCAUCAUCAAAUCUCCUAUGUCCUCAAUAUUCAGAAAACACAGGAAAUGUUUUCUGAAAUUAAACAGGACUUAUUUGAAUGUGUGUUUUUUUUUUUUUUUAGAAAAAUUGAAUUCAGGGGAAUGAAAAUAGAUGUUAGAAAUAAAAAUGUGGUUACAAAAAUUAUCAAAUGUAAAUUAUCCCUUUUUUGCGGAGUCUUAUAAAAUAUGUGAUACUUAAGCACACUGAAGUUUUAAAGUUAGCUGCUUAUAUUGUACAAAGGUAUUUUUGGCUCUUUAAAGGUUAUUUUCCUAUAUUAAGAAAAGUUUUCUUGUAUUAAAAACUUUCAUUGUGACUCAGGUUUUGUGUCUAUGUAUAGACACAUAUACAUAGGAGGUGUUUUUCUUUGCACAUUUGUUUUGCACAGCUAAAGUUAUGAGGUUUAAAUGUCCAGGUGUGCAGGUCAACUGCCCUUGAUGAUAGGUAGAUUAAAGAAAGCAUUUGACAAAUAGACAAAAGAAAUCACAUUGUAUUUCUUUGUAUCUCUCCAUCCCUCUUACAUGUUCCCAGCCCUCUACUAAAGAAUAUCUCUUAUUUAGUCAGGGAAUAUUAUGUUAUUUUUUGGAAAGUCUGUAGGAAAAAUAAGAUGGAACUCUCAGGCAGACAGAACAUAAAGCAGUUCCCAUAUCUGCUAUAAAGGUGAUUCAUUUCCAGAAUGUAUUGUUGGAAUAAAUUUUAUGUCCAAUACUUGUAGCAUCUUUCCACUCAGGGGACUCUUACUAGUCUUGAAUGUGGAAAAGGCACAAGAGUUCAGGUCAGAAAGGACUACUCUAUGUUCAGUUUUACUCUAGGAAAUUUGGUUUUAGCUUUGAUGACACCUAGUGUCAACGGAAUGCAAUAAGUGUUUAAUAUUUCUGCUUUAUGACAUUUAGGCAUUUUUCUUCAACAUCCUCAACUACAUUUUCCUCCUUGAAAAAUGCAAGCCUUAUUAUUUUUUGUUUGGAAUUAAAAGAUAGCUGAUAGAUAAACCAAUACUUUUUGUUUGAAGAGCCAAUCAAGUUUCUUUGUACUUAGCAUAUAGAAAGGACUAAAGGAAGCUUAAGGAUUACAACACUGUCUUCAUAUGAAGGAUUUUUUCCAGGUUGAUUGGGAGAUCAGAGGUAAACCUACUGAAUUUGUGAAUUUCAACAACCACCACAAGUGAAUGUGCCAAAGAAAGGUUAUUUCAAGAUUAUUCUCGGUUAUUGCUAAUACUGUAGUUUAUUUUUCCCAUUUUAUAACCAUUCAAGGGCACCCCCUACCCAGAAGUAUAUAAGUAAAUGAUAAGAUGAACUAUAGGCUCUUUCUGUUCAGAGAAGAAUUAUGAGUAUUACAUAGAAGCAUUCUAAAGGAAGACAGUAGUAGUUAACAAUUAUAAGUAGAAAGGUUAUAUUUUUAGGUAUUUUGAAAAUACAUCCAUGAAAAUGUUCUUGUUUCCAGAACUAUUAGAUAAUUGAUUAUGUUUGACCUCUUCUGGGGGCUUAAUCCUCUUCUUACUGCAUAAAGAAAUUCUGCAUAUAAAAACAUUUUUAAUAUGCCAAACACACACAAAUUUUCCAUUUUCAUUUGAGGUCAUAUAAUUUACUUGGUGAAAUAUUUCACUCUUCUAUAAGUUUAAGAAAAAGUUCUAAGCAAUGAUGCAAUAUUGGGUCAUUAUUUUAAUAAAAUGAAGACAGGUUCUAGUCUCCUAUGCUUUUGUGACAUCUUACUUCACUACCAUAUGUGCAGCACAACAGUGACAUCUUAAGGCCAAGUAACCAGAGCUCCUUUAGUCAGAGAAAGAACUUGAGAUUUGAUUUCAAAGAAAUUUCAUUGUAUUAUCAAAUCGUUUUCAAGUUUACAAUAUGCGAUUGGUAGAUCAAGUGCUUCUUUAUUUAUGACUUCUUUUGCAGUCUUUGUGAACAUUUUAAUGUACAUUAGUAAACACAUUUUACAUAGACAUAUUGUAUAUUAAUGCAUGCAUUUCACUGAAUAGUUUAUUGAUACUCCCCUUGUAAAGCUUUUAUGGAAGAACCAACAAGCCACAGCAGUAUAGCAAAAGAGGCUUAAUCUUUAUAAAUUGGGGCCUUUUCUGUCUCUUUGCUAGCCUAGGUGGCUGUAUACAAAUUUGGGUGGGAGGGGGCAGGAAACACCUCUUAACAUUUAAGGUUUUCUACUUGGGUAUACUCUAGCCAAUUCAAAACAAAUUGCUUACUUUAAUAAAAAGAAUUUUACCAUUUUAUAAAGAAAUUAAAUCACAACAUGUUUAAUUGAAAUGGCUGUAUUGUAAUUAAUAUUUUGAGAUAAUUGUGAUUUUGAGCUUAUAUAUAAACUGUCAUUUUUGUAUGUGUUAAAAAGACUACUGUAUCACGAUUAACAGUACUUUUUAGUUGGAUUACAUAUUGAUGUAAAUAAAACUGAAUGAAGACAUAUUUACUACUUUAUUAACAUAGAUUGUGAAUGUACUUAAUGGUUUUUUUUGCAGUAUGAGACCAUAAUGACCUUGAAAGCUGCUUCAUUUUAUGUGCAAAGAAGUUCUAUGAAUCUAUAUUUUAAAUUUACUGAAUCAGUGAAAUUAAUUACUAUGUCAGUUAAUUUGCAAAUGCAAGCUGUAUUCUCCAGUUUUAUUUUAUGUAUUGACACUAAUCAGUAAAGGUGUACAAUGUGAUUAGAAUGCAUUUUGAGGAUGCUUUCUGUACAGAUAAAAAAUACAGGGACUAAAAUAAUGCUGUGCAGUGUAUAGCAGAGCCAUUUUUCGGCUUUGGUGUACUCAACUUUUUCAGUAUUUAAAAAAGUGUUUUGAAUAACAUAAAAGUCUCUUUAUUGUAUAAAUAAUAAAAUGUCACCUUAUUGUAAGUGUCUUUUGUUUACUAUCAAAGCAAAGUUCCAAGUCAGUGAUAGAGUUGUAAUAUGAGAAGGGCAUGUUUCUUUUAAAACAAAGACAUUGCAAUCAAUAUUUGAGAAAUGUAACUUUUAUUAUGAACAUGUAGUGUUUAUUACAAAUGAUUUUUUUCAUCAUAUAAGCAUGCCUCAAACAUCCAAAAGCUAACUAUUGAUCUAUAUUAGUGGAUAUACAUGCUAUUGAACUGGCUACUUAAUAGAAUCAUAUGGUAAGUGUUAUAAUGACUGAUCAACCUAUUUCCAAUGAUUUUGGUGUAAACAAAAAUGUUUAUAUUUGUUUUUUAUUAAAUCAAAUUUAACUAUAUCAAAUUCCCUUUUAGAACAUUACUGCAUGACUACAAGUUUAGUCUUAUCAAGGGUGCAUGCAAAUUUUAAAAUUACAGUGCUGGAAAUGAAAAGAUGGGCAAGAUGCACAAGGCUGGAUUAAAACACAUUCAAAGAGUAGAUUAAAUAUACAAGUACCUGCCUACUAAGUGUUUGAAUAAAGUACAUUUUUAUUUCUUUAUUUUUUUAAUAUGAAGCUUUUUCCUUUUGCCUUUUAAAAACAAGAUAUGUUUAUUUAUUUGAAAGACAGUGACAGGGAGAGAGGAAGAAGAGACAGAGACAGAAAAAGUGAAACAGACCAAAGUCAGGAGCCAGGAACUCCAUCCUGGUUUCCCACAUGGGUGGGUGGCAGGAAUGAAGACAUGAGCAGGAAAUGGGACUAGAAGCAGAAGCAGAGGUGGAAUUGAUUCCAGGCUGAUAGAGGAUGCAGGCUUCCCACUGCACCACGCCUGGCUCCAUUUUAAGAUUUCUUGUGGUAUACCUUAUUAGUAGUUUUCUGUUGCUGUUGUAUAUAGAAUUAAUAAGUUACACUCUUAAGUGCUUUUUUAAAAUAACAAAAGGUACUUUUAAAUGCUCAAUAUUCUCAUUGAAGAGAAAAUAUGUAGAUCCAAUCUCUUUAAUUAUCUUAUGAAAAUAAUGUCACUGAAAAAAAAAAACAGUAAGUUUUAAAUUCAAAAUUGUGACAGCA